AGCCAAUGAUUACAUGGUUCGGCUCCCGAUUGCUUGGUCGGAAAGUUUGAGAAGUUUCAACUUCUCGAAGGUCGUGUUUAGGGCAUUGCAAACUUUAAGGUCGUGCCCAACCAAAAUAUGUACAAAUCAACCGCAUCAAGUCACAAGUUUGUUUUCUAUGAAGAGACCCAAAUGUACGAGAUUGUGGAUGAAAACUUCCCAAGGUUUAUGUUCUGCUUCAAGAAUUUUAGCGAGCUAUCCGACCCACAAACCAUUGAUUCCACCGAACUUUUUGUGGCUGCUAAUUAACUUGCACGCAAUGGGAAGGAACGUAGACAGCUAUGGGAAGGAUACA